AUGCAUUUCCUUUGCAGGGGGGCUCAACCGCAAGCUCUAGGACGCAAGCAGCUUCCUCUUGUCACCAAUCAUCAUCAUCUUUUAUUCGUAAACUUUACGUCUACAUCAGGAACACACCGGACACCACCAGGUCUAGUUUCUCUCUCUUCUUUCAAAAUAAAAACACCAACAAGAUGUAGAACUUUUUUUGGUUUUUUUUUCACGAUGGUUCUCUCAAUAUCGUCCACAACCAGAAAUUCACCUGCGGCGGUCAGCACCGCGGCUGCUGUAGUUUUUUCCGCCACGACUUCUCUUUUCGCCGGGCCCCUCGCCGCCAAGAUGAACUUGAUGGGAGUAAGUGCUACUGGUCUCAUGUCCAAAACAUCGUCCACAAGAAACAGUUUUUUGGUCGAUGAGGAAGCAUCUUGGGAUCUUCAGCCGCAGGUUAUGAUGAAUAGUGGAAAUCCAAAUCUACUACAUCGAGGAGAUCAUUCCCUUUUGCAGCAAGUCGUUCACAAGGAAAGAGUCUCUCCACCCGACGACACUAAUUUCGCCGAACUCCAGUGGCAGGAGUUCAAACAGCACUACAAAAAGCACUACGAAUCACUAGAAGAGGAGACCAAGCGGAAGCAGAUCUUCCUGAAAAACCUCGAAAAACUGGAAAAAUUGAACGAAAACGACGACAAUUGGAUUCCGCACACUCACUUAACCCCCCUCGCCGACUUGGAGGAGCGUGAAUUCAUGAAUGUCGCGGGAGAUAAUACGCCGGAUCAAAACGAAGCCGCAGCCACUAUGGCAUUCUCAAGCGUUACAUUCUCAACUGUUACAUGAAUUUGUCAUGCAAAAUCACAAUUAGAUAGAAAUAGAAUUGAUACGAUCAAGCUGCUUCGCAUGACAAAUUCUCGAAGAGCCAAACAGGCGGAGAAUCUGCGCCAAAUCUGUCAUGCUAGGCGCGCAAGGUCACCCCUUUGACUUUUGCCAUUCUUGCAUCACAAAUUCAUGUAACAGUUGAGGAUGUAACAGUUCGCUGAGAACGCCAUAGCCACUGCAGAUUUGAAAAAAAUGGUCGCGGCGCACUCGACGAAGGCGCCGCAUUUGCUCGGCGCGGAUCGGUAUGUUUUGCAAAAGUUGUACAUCGUACUAGUACGACGACUUGCAUCUUCACAAACUUGCUCGUUGAACAAAUAUGGAGCUUGUCAUGCUGAUACUGAUUGACCUUGGGAUGAAUUGAACGAGAUUUGUGUUCGAACGAUAGAUUGCAAAUUGUGCGACAAGUGCGAUACUUUCCUUCGCAGUGGAUACUCGAGCGACUGAUGGAACUGUGACAGAUUCCCCGAAGAAGAUGUCUCUACCCGACAGUUAUUCCUGGCUGGACAACGGGUACACGAACCCGGUGAAAAACCAGGGCCGCUGCGGUUCCUGUUGGGCCUUCAGCACCGUGGCGAAUGCCGAGGGGGCGGCGUUACUGGAGUUGAAGCAGCUGUACGAUCUUUCUGAGCAGCAACUGAUAGACUGCGACCACCCGAGUAGCCUCGGGUGCCAGGGGGGUUUGCAGGCGCAGGCAGCGCAGUGGCUGAUCUCCACGAAGACUGGGUUAGAGUUGGAGAGCGAUUACCCCUACAUCGGAAAGGAUGGAAACGGCUGUCAUCAGGACCCGGCGCGGGAACGCAUUUUCGUCCAGCAGUUUUUGUCCAUCAGCACCGUGGAAGACGAAAUCGCGGCGGCAUUGAUGAAGUACGGGGUUUUGUCAGCCGGAAUCAAUGCGAAAGGGGCCGGUUUGCAGUACGACAGUGGAGAAGAAGUACUCUAGGUUCUUGUCUACAACAUGCGAGCAAGAGAAAGGACCGCACGCUCAAGACUAAUUGCGGCUUCUCCAUGGGGUCAUUUUUUGCUCCAUUGCGAAGAAAGUUUUUGUAUUACUGCGCAUGCACUCCUGCAUCAAGAAGACAAAGACGACGUGCGACUACGCCAGGGAUAGAACCCAGCUUAUUGUAAUUUUGCAUCGCUACAUUCAAAAAAAUUGAAGGGGUCCUUACCAGACCACUCGAGAGUUGUUCUUCGUUGUCCACUUUCAUACACGAUUGUAUUCCGGGGGGAUCAUUACGCCGAAAACAACUUCGAUGUGUAACCCGGAACAGUUGGAUCACGGUGUUGCCAUCGUCGCUUUUGGCCAAGACGGGGCGGAAAUGGUUCCGAAGCACCCGAGAAAAACCAAGCGCUUGCUGCAGCACCACUUGCAGCUGCAGACCGAGGGCGUUAUGGCCCGGGGAUCCGUCCGAGCCGCGGCGGACAGGGUGGCGGAAAUGGUUGAAAAAAUGGGUUCUACUUCUGAAGAUGGGACGACCUCCGUCGUGAUGAAAUGGUGGAAAAUUCGGAACUCGUGGGGGGCGGAUUGGGGCGAGGAGGGGUAUUUCCGUAUCGCGCGCGGGACGGGAGCUUGUGGCAUCAACACGCUGGUGACUUCGGCGAGUGAAUUGUUGCAACAACCCGGUGACGGUGGUGGUGAGGGGGGCGGAACCUCCGCGAGCUGUUGCUGAUUUGUCUUUUGAGAAGCUCGCAAUUCCUAUUUUGUAUAAGUCGAUGACAAGCAUAAGCAACAUAGGUGUCAAGUUCAUUCAUUACUUUUACGCAACCGAGGUAAAAAAUUGCACUUGUACCGUCCUCCACACUUGAUUAAGAGCAACAUGGACUUACCAGUUUCGUGCGUCCGCGUCCACACAAAUACCUUGCGCUUGAAGUAACAGUACACAGUCCUACAAGUAGUAUCAGUUGCAUGACAUGAGUUUAAAUUGUGUACUCGCACCACAGUAGAAGUUACAACUUAGAGUCCACUUUCUAUUUGCGCUCAUUUUUGAAUUCUCGGUUUCGCUCCGAAGACAGAAGACAGAAAGCAUACAACUCGAUUGGAGAAGGCACGUACUACAUGAUACAGAGUCGACGUUUGUACCCUGUGAUGAAGGUACAGAUGGGGGAAAU